GGCAGGCAGGCGGGCGGGCAGGCGGGCGGCGACCGGGGGCGCGCCGGCCAUGCACUGCACUCUGAGUAUGGACGCAGGGGCUGCGGAUGGAUACACGCCAUGUGACAACGAACUUUCGCCCAGCAGGGAGCAUUCUGACAUGGCAAUUGACCUCACCUCAAGCACACCUAAUGGGCAGCAUACCUCACCGAGUCACAUGGCAAGCACAAAUUCCAUAAAGCUAGAAAUGCAAAGUGAUGAUGAGGAUUCCGAGAGGAAACCCCUGAAGCAGGAAGGCCACGGGCUCAGGGGCCAAGACGAAGGGAGCAGUUUGGAGGAACCUCUCUCUGAGAACCACGAGAUGGUGGACCACAGGAAGUUGCAGGAGCUGUCGAGCGAGGGAGGAAUCCGGCUUCCGAAUGGUAAACUGAAAUGUGACGUCUGUGGCAUGGUUUGCAUUGGUCCCAAUGUGCUUAUGGUACAUAAAAGGAGUCACACUGGUGAGCGUCCCUUUCACUGUAACCAGUGUGGAGCUUCCUUCACACAAAAAGGCAAUCUACUGAGGCACAUCAAAUUACACUCUGGGGAGAAACCAUUUAAAUGUCCCUUCUGCAGCUAUGCUUGCCGGAGGAGGGAUGCCCUCACUGGACACCUCAGGACGCACUCUGGUAUAAAUUUAAUGUCUUGCUGCUGUCAUUCUUAUGUAGGUGAGAAGCUCAUGAGGUUUGGCUACCCAGAUAUCCAUUAUGAGACUAACACACCCUAUGAGAGAGAAGCCGAGCUCAUGCAGACGCACAUGAUGGACCAAGCGAUCAACAACGCCAUCUCUUACCUUGGAUCAGAGGUGCUCCACCCCUUGAUGCAGCACACGCCAAGCACAAUGGCUGACGUGGCGCCCGUCAUCACUUCGGCUUAUGCUCCGGUCUAUAACUCCAACAGGAUAGAAAGGCCAGUGAGCAGAGAGACGGCAGACAGUAAUGAAAAUAACAUGGAUGGCCCCAUCUCCCUCAUCAGACCAAAGAGUCGACCCCAGGAAAGAGAGGCCUCCCCCAGCAAUAGCUGCCCGGACUCCAGUGACUCAGACAGCAGCCACGAAGAUCACCGCUCCUACCAAGGAAAUCCUGCCUUAAACUCCAAAAGGAAGCAAAGCCCAGCAUACAUGAAGGAGGACUCCAAAGCUGUUGAUGUCACUAAGACCUCUAAGGGCUCUUUAAAGGAUAUCUACAAAGUCUUUAAUGGAGAAGGAGAACAGAAGAGGGCCUUUGCGUGCGAGCACUGUCGAGUUCUUUUCCUAGACCAUGUCAUGUACACCAUCCACAUGGGGUGUCAUGGCUACCGUGACCCAUUAGAGUGCAACAUUUGUGGCUACCGGAGUCAGGACCGCUAUGAGUUCUCAUCGCACAUUGUCCGAGGAGAGCACACGUUCCACUAGGCCUUCUCUCCCAAAAGGGACUCUGAAGGAGAGAAGACAGCUGCACAUGAAGACAUUCUGCACUUACAAUCCCACUUUUCCUCAGAUGUUAACACAGCGUUGGUUAUCUUUAUUGUCAUUUUUGUUGCUGUAUUUUUAAUUAUUGUUAUUUUGUAUUGUCAAAGGCUUUCACGGCCAGAAUCAACUGGCUGUUGUGGGUUUUCUGGACUGUGUGGCAGCCGUGGUCUGGUA